AUGAUUGGUGACGGUCACAUCGAUCCAUCUCUUCCUCGUUUUUUUUCCUCUUCUAAAAUGGUCUUCAAGGUUGCAGAUGUUUCACUCGCUGCGUUCGGUCGCAAAGAGAUCGAAAUUGCUGAGAAUGAAAUGCCCGGUCUCAUCUACUUGAGAAAGAAGUAUGAGGCCUCGCAACCCUUGAAGGGUGCCCGCAUCGCUGGAUGCCUCCAUAUGACCAUCCAAACUGCGGUCUUGAUUGAAACUCUCACUCAUCUCGGUGCUGAAGUGACCUGGUCGUCCUGCAACAUCUUUUCGACACAAGAUCACGCCGCUGCCGCCAUUGCGGCAACUGGCGUGCCAGUUUUUGCGUGGAAAGGCGAGACUGAAGAGGAAUAUAACUGGUGCAUCGAGCAAACCAUUACGGGUUUCAAGAACAAUCAGCCGUUGAACAUGAUUCUCGACGACGGUGGAGAUCUUACUCAGAUCGUGCAUGAAAAAUAUCCGCAAUAUCUGACUGGUUGGUUGUCGCUGUCAAGUCACAGCAGCAGCAGCAGCAAUAAUCGUUCUCAGGUAUCAACGGAGUUUCUGAGGAGACUACAACCGGUGUUCAUCAUCUCUACAAAGCUUUCCGCGAUGGCAAGCUCAAAAUUCCCCGCAAUCAACGUCAACGAUUCAGUGACCAAGUCCAAGUUCGACAACUACUAUGGCUGUCGCGAGUCUCUGGUCGAUGGUAUCAAGCGCGCCACCGAUGUCAUGCUUGCUGGCAAAGUUGCCGUUGUUGCUGGAUUUGGAGACGUUGGAAAAGGCUGCGCCGAAUCCCUCCGAUCGUAUGGUGCUCGCGUUCUUGUCACUGAAAUCGAUCCCAUCAACGCCCUCCAAGCUGCUAUGGCUGGUUACGAGGUCACCACGAUGGAGGACGCCGCAGCCCGUUCAAAUGUUUUCGUUACUACUACGGGCAAUCGGGAUAUCAUAACUGCGAAGCAUUUUGUUGAGAUGCCCGAAGAUGCCAUCGUUUGCAACAUCGGUCACUUUGAUGUGGAAAUUGACGUUGCUUGGCUCAAAGCAAACGCUGCUUCGGUAUCUAAUGUCAAACCUCAAGUUGAUCGAUUCACGAUGCCCUCUGGCCGCCACAUCAUUCUUCUCGCUGAAGGUCGUCUGGUCAACCUCGGAUGUGCCACCGGUCAUCCGUCAUUUGUCAUGUCUUGCUCGUUCGCUAACCAAGUCCUUGCUCAAAUCGCGCUGUGGACUACCCCAGAAAAAUUCCCACUUGGCGUUCACAUGUUGCCCAAAGAGCUUGACGAGGAAGUUGCCCGUGCACACCUUGCUCAGUUGAAUGUCAAGCUAACGGUACUUUCGGAAACGCAAUCCAAGUAUCUCGACAUUCCUGUCAAUGGACCUUACAAGGCUAGCCACUACAGGCAGGUUUUCUCGUAG